AAAAAAAGGGCCGCGAAAGUUGGAGGCCGGUGCCGGCAGGGUGGUAGUGGCUCCCAGGUGGGUUUGUGGCGAGUGCCAAUGGACUCCACCGCCUGCCUGAAGUCCUUGCUCCUGACCAUCAGUCAGUAUAAAGCCGUUAAGUCGGAGGCGAAUGCCACCCAGCUUUUGCGGCACUUGGAGGUAAUUUCUGGGCAGAAGCUCACACGAUUGUUUACACCAAAUCAGAUACUACCAAGUGAAUGCUUGAGCUGCCUUGUGGAGCUACUUGAAGACCCAAGCAUAAGUGCGCCACUGGUCUUAAGUAUCAUCAGCUUGCUGUCUCAACUAGCUGUAGACAAUGAAACCAGAGACUGUCUUCAGAACACAUACAACCUGAAUAGCGUGCUGGCAGGAAUGGUUUGUCGGGGCAGCACUUGCCAUGGUGAUUCAGUGUUUUUGCAGUGCAUUCAACUUCUACAAAGAUUAACAUAUAACAUCAAAAUUCUCCAUUCUGGUGCCAAUAUAGAUGAGUUAAUUACAUUCCUGAUAGAUCAUAUUCAGUCUCCUGAAGAUGAGUUAACAAUGCCUUGUCUAGGAUUAUUGGCAAAUCUUUGUCGACACAAUCUUUCUGUUCAAACAUACAUAAAGACUUUGAAUAAUGUGAAAUCUUUUUAUCGAACUCUUAUAAGCUUCCUGGCCCAUAGUAGUUUAACUGUGGUUGUGUUUGCACUUUCAAUAUUGUCCAGUUUGACAUUAAAUGAAGAGGUUGGGGAAAAGCUGUUCCAUGCUCGAAACAUUCAUCAGACUUUUCAGCUAAUAUUUAAUAUUCUCAUAAACGGUGAUGGCACACUUACUAGGAAGUAUUCAGUUGAUCUAUUGAUGGAUCUCCUUAAGAAUCCCAAAAUUGCUGAUUAUCUUACCAGGUAUGAGCACUUUUCUUCAUGUCUCAAUCAAGUAUUAGGUCUUCUUAAUGGAAAGGAUCCUGAUUCUUCUUCAAAGGUUUUAGAAUUACUUCUUGCCUUCUGUUCAGUGACUCAGCUGCGCCAUGUGCUCACUCAGAUGAUAUUUGAGCAGUCUCCAUCUGGCAACACCAUUCUGGGAAGCCGUUCUAAAUGUUUAGAACCUACUGUGGCUCUACUUCGUUGGUCAAGCCAACCUCUGGACGGAUCAGAAAACUGUUCUAUUUUAGCUUUGGAGUUGUUCAAGGAAAUAUUUGAGGAUGUUGUAGAUACUGCUAACUGCUCCUCAGCUGACCGAUUUGUGACCCUUCUGCUGCCUACAAUCCUUGAUCAACUUCAAUUCACAGAACAAAAUCUAAAUGAAGCUUUACUAAGAAAAAAAUGCGAAAGGAUGGUCAAGGCCACUGAAGUUUUGUUAACUCUGUGUGGAGAUGAUACUCUAAAAAUGCAUGUUGCAAAAAUUCUGACUACUGUCAAAUGUACCACUCUGAUAGAACAACAAUUUACAUAUGGCAAGAUUGAUCUGGGGUUUGGAACAAAGGUAGCAGAUUCUGAUUUGUGCAAACUUGCUGCUGAUGUAGUUUUGAAAACUCUUGAUUUGAUGAACAAGCUUAAACCAUUGGUUCCUGGCAUGGAAGUAAGCUUCUACAAAAUCCUGCAGGAUCCACGCCUGAUUACACCCUUGGCUUUUGCUUUAACAUCAGAUAAUAGAGAACAAGUACAGUGUGGAUUGGGAAUACUAUUGGAAGCUGCUCCACUGCCAGAUUUUCCUGCCUUAGUACUUGGAGAAAGCAUAGCAGCAAACAAUGCCUAUAGACAACAGGAAACAGAACACAUGCCCAGGAGAAUGCCCUUGCAAUCAUUAAAUCACAGUGUUCCAAGAUCGGUAAAAUGUUUAACUCCUCCACUUUUGAAAGCUAGAGUUCCUGGAUUGAACAUUGAGGAAUUAAUAGAGAAACUACAGGCUGGAAUGGUGGUAAAGGAUCAGAUUAAUGAUGUGAAAAUAUCUGACAUAAUGGAUGUAUAUGAAAUGAAACUGUCCACAUUAGCUUCCAAAGAAAGUAGGCUACAAGAUCUUUUGGAAGCAAAAGCUCUAGCCUUGGCCCAGGCUGAUCGGCUGAUUGCUCAGUACCGCUGCCAAAGAACUCAAGCUGAGACCGAGGCACGGACACUUGCUGGUAUGUUGAGAGAAGUUGAGAGAAAAAAUGAAGAGCUUGGUGUGUUGCUGAAGGCACAACAGGUUGAAUCAGAAAGAGCCCAGAGUGAUAUUGAGCAUCUCUUCCAACAUAAUAGAAAAUUAGAGUCUGUGGCUGAAGAACAUGAAAUACUCACAAAAUCCUACAUGGAACUUGUUCAGAGGAAUGAAACCACCGAAAAGAAGAAUAAAGAUUUACAGAUCACAUGUGAUUCUCUAAAUAAACAAAUUGAGACAGUGAAAAAGUUGAAUGAGUCAUUCAAGCAACAAAAUGAAAAAACUAUUGCCCAAUUAAUAGAGAAAGAAGAACAGAGAAAAGAAGUACAGAACCAACUAGUAGACAGAGAAUGUAAGCUAGCAAAUAUGCAACAAAAAACAAAAGUACAAGAAGAAAAGAUUAAAGCUUUGCAAAAAGAAAGGGAAGAUAAGGAAGAAACCAUUGAUAUCCUUAGAAAAGAAUUAAACAGAACAGAACAGAUAAGAAAAGAAUUGAGCAUUAAGGCUUCCUCCCUAGAGGUUCAAAAGGCCCAAUUAGAAGGUCGUUUGGAAGAGAAGGAGUCGCUGGUGAAACUUCAGCAAGAGGAGUUGAACAAACACUCUCAUAUGAUCGCAAUGAUCCACAGUUUAAGUGGUGGGAAAAUAAGUCCAGAAACUGUGAAUCUCAGCAUAUAGAAGUUAUGUAUUUAUCUUCCUGGGAGGUGUGGUAGAGAAGGUAAUUUGUGACCCCAGAACAGUAGUAGAUUAUUGUCUAAUUAUUAAUUUAGUAAAGAACGUGAUCUGAUAAAUAUUUUUAUUUGGUCUUAAAAGUUUUA